ACCCUGCCACACUGGCUCGCUGUAUCCUCAGUUCCACAGUGUUCCCAACUUCAUCACCAACGCGCAACGCAAAUGGCCUGUCACACUCACACCGCCCUCCCCCUUCUCCUCCUCCUCCCUUUCCUCUUCGCUGCGGCUGCCGACGACGUCGUCGCUCCUGCUCCAGGUCCAUCCCCACCAGGCGAGCUCAACCUGACCAGCAUCCUUGAAAGUGGCGGGCAGUACUCGACGCUGCUCCGGCUCCUGCAGGCCACCCGGAUCUCCGAGCAGCUGACCAGCCAGCUCAAGAACUCGUACGACGGCCUCACCUUCUUCGCGCCCAACGACAAUGCCUUCACCAAGCUCAAAACCGGCACGCUGAACGGCCUCACCGACCAGCAGAAGAUCCAGCUGCUGCUGUACCACGUCCUGCCCCGCUACUACAGCGUCACCACCUUCCAGACCGCCAGCAACCCGCUGCCCACCGAGGCGUCGGGCCCCGGCGGCAUGUACAGCAUCAACGUGACCACAACCACCACGAGCCACCUGGUGAACAUGUCCACGGGCGUCGUCGACGUGCCCAUCAGCAGCACUCUGUCGGCCAAGUUUCCGCUCGCCGUCUACUCCGUCGACGAUGUGCUGCUGCCCGAGCAGCUGUUCGGUACGUCUCACAAGGGCGGGGCGCCAGCGCCGGAGCCCGCGGGACAGGCCGGAGCGGCGGCUGGGAAGGCGAGCGCGCGGAAGAAGGGUGGUGGUGUCCCGAAGAGCGACGUGGCAGCGGAGCCAGCAGCGGCAGCGGGAGAGGAGGCAGAAGACAGCGAGAACGCAGCGGCUGGCAGAGGGAGUGCGGGGUGGACGAGGACCAUUGCUGCUUUUGCUCUCAUCAUGGCCGUUGUCAAUCUGGUCGGCGCUUGAAAGUGUCUGCAUGCUGGCUCAUUGUCUCUUUGUUUUCCUCUUAUUUCACCACCCAUUUACUAAAGUUUAGUUAUGUCCUGGGUUUGUACGUAACAUUAUUGUGAUAAUCAUGAUAUUCAGCACACUAUUACUUGAA